CUGCACGCCACAGAAGCGGAGAUCAAGGCCCGUGAAGCUCUCACUCGCUCUCUCUUCCUCGACAUCUGCACCCUCCGCAAGGAGAAGGCAGCCAUGGCAUAUUCACGCACGUGGAAGGGGCAUGUGAAGAACAUAUUUGGCUACAUCGGCUCUGUUUACUAUAUUGCCAAGAUGUACAUG